CUAGGCCUGGGGGCCUGGCGAGGAUGGUAACCCUCUGGCGUCUGUCGGUCAGGGUCUGCUUGUCACACUUCAGAGGCUUUGAGUUCGGGAAGGAACUUGGCCUUUCCAGACCCCUGGGGUGCUCUCGCAAUGCCAGACUAUGUUGGUUUCUGCUGGGUACUUUGCCCAAAUUUAUCUCAGCCCAGGGGAAUGUUGGAGAGGGGGCGUCUGGCAGCUUGUGCCAACGAAAGACCCACUGGAGUGACCUGGCUGAAAAUGGACGCGUGGAAGUGACCCAAGCAGGGCCUCUGGCCCGUGUCUUACUGUGUCUCCGCCUAGGGCUCCGCGCUGGCGUUCUCUUGGCGAAAUUCUUGCCCCUCCUGGUCUUGUACCCUCUCACCUACCUGGCUCCUAGCGUCUCCACCCUCUGGCUCCACCUACUUUUGAAAGCCACAGAGACCUCGGGUCCAACAUAUAUCAAAUUGGGCCAAUGGGCCGGCACCCGGCGCGAUCUCUUUUCAGAGGCUUUCUGUGUCCAGUUCUCCAAGCUGCAUGUCCAGGACCCCCACCCUUGGGCCCACACGGAAUGCUUACUCCAGCAGGCAUUUGGAGAGGACUGGGGCAGCCUCCUCUUUUUUGAUACCCAGGAACCUGUGGGUUCAGGUUGUGUGGCACAAGUGUACAAAGCAUUCGCUAGCACUGCCUUGCUGGAGGACAGAAUCUGGAGACUCGGGGACCUCUCUGUCUCACAGCUGUCCUCAGGAACCGGGGCAGUCGGGAUGCAGAGACAGCCCUUGUCGAAGGAAUGGAAGCCUUCAGAAAACCUUGCCGAUGAAGCAUUUCUAGAAAAGCUGCUGCUCCCUAAAGCUGACCUUGUUAGGUCAGAAGUGGACACCUCUCAGGUUCCUGGCCCUCCGCCUAAGUCAGAUCACCUCAUCCCCGUAGCAGUGAAAGUGUUACACCCUGGCCUGCUCACUCAAGUGUACAUGGAUUUACAGCUGAUGAAGAUUGGCAGCCAAGCCCUGGGGCUUUUACCAGGAGUCAAAUGGCUUAGCUUGCCUGAGAUUGUGGAGGAAUUUGAGAAGCUCAUGGUCCAACAGGUGACUCCUUCUCUCAGCUGUAAAUAGCACCUCCCAGACUUCUUGCCAUUAGCAGAUACUCAGGAACAGGGGAAU